AUGAAAGCCAUCAUUCUCGUCGGAGGGUUCGGUACCCGUCUGAGGCCUCUCACCCUCACCUAUCCCAAGCCGCUCGUCGAGUUCGCGAACAAGCCCAUGAUCCAGCACCAGAUCGAGGCCCUUGCCGAUGCUGGCGUCACAGAUGUUGUCCUCGCGGUCAACUACCGCCCGGAGAUCAUGGCCGAGGCGCUCAAGACCUACGAGAAGCAAUACGGCGUCACCAUCACAUUCUCCGUCGAGACCGAGCCCCUCGGCACCGCCGGUCCCCUCAAGCUCGCUGAGAACGUCCUCGGCAAGGACGACUCGCCCUUCUUCGUCCUCAACGCCGAUGUCACAUGCGACUACCCCUUCAAGCAGCUCGCCGAGUUCCACAAGCAGCACGGCGACGAGGGAACCAUUGUCGUCACAAAGGUCGAGGAGCCGUCCAAGUACGGUGUCGUAGUACACAAGCCUGGCCACGCCUCCAAGAUUGACCGUUUCGUCGAGAAGCCCGUCGAGUUCGUCGGCAACCGCAUCAACGCCGGUAUCUACAUUUUGAACACCAGCGUGCUCAAGCGCAUUGAGCUCCGCCCUACCUCGAUCGAGCAGGAGACUUUCCCUGCCAUUGUCAAGGACGGCCUGCUGCACUCGUUCGAUCUCGAGGGCUUCUGGAUGGACGUUGGACAGCCCAAGGACUUCUUGUCCGGCACCUGUCUCUACCUCUCAUCUCUGGCGCGCAGGAACGCCAAGCUGCUCACACCAGCCUCUGAGCCAUACGUCUACGGCGGCAACGUCCUGAUCGACCCCUCGGCCAAGAUUGGCAAGAACUGCCGCAUCGGUCCUAAUGUCACCAUUGGCCCAGAUGUUGUCAUUGGCGACGGUGUCCGUCUGCAACGCUGUGUGUUGCUCAAGAACAGCCGUGUCAAGGACCACGCCUGGGUCAAGUCGUCUAUUGUUGGCUGGAACAGCACCGUCGGCAAGUGGGCGCGUCUCGAGAACAUAACAGUUCUCGGCGACGACGUUACCAUUGGCGACGAGGUCUACGUCAACGGUGGUUCCGUCCUGCCCCACAAGUCCAUCAAGCAGAACGUUGACACUCCUUCGAUCAUCAUGUAA